GUAAACAUGAACAAGAAUUUGAACCAAUGGCAAUGUCAAAAAAUUUCUGUUGAGGUUCUCGAUUUUUUCUCUCCAGAUGUGAAUAGAAAAAGUCUUUUCAUCAGUGGUAUCCCUAACAUGCCAGAGGACGAAUUAGUGGAACUCUUAUACUCCACGUUUUCGAAGUAUGGCCUGCUGUUUGGGACGCAGAUUUUUCCUUACACAGCCAGACCCCAGCAACAUUCACCUCCCUCAAAUGAGGGUCAAGACAUCAAUAAACAACCUGGUUACUAUGCAUUUGUGAAUUUCUACUUAGCCAUGUCAGCCAAGCAGGCAAAAGAUGAUGUUAAUGGGAAGAUAAUUCUCCAUGACACUGAGUGCAAGAUAGCAUUUGCAAAGAGGAAGAAGGAGGUCUGUGAGAAAAAGCCUCUUCACUUCAGUAAAUGUCAGGAUGUUGCCAAUCAUUUCCUGGGCUUCAAUGGCUGGUCAGUGUCACACAAAUAUACAGAUAGUGAAACCAGCCCAACAGAGGAUCACACAUACAAAGUAAGAGAAGUGUCUGUUGUCAGACUAAACCUGAAGACUGAUGGAUUCCAUUCUGAGGGACUAGGGGCAUGGGAGGAGAUUUAUUGCACCAGAGAUCCUAUAAGUAGAGGAAAAGCAGUUUGUAAGUGCAAGAAAUUGGCAUACCAGCGAGCUGUAGAAAAUGCCUUUUCCAAAAUCAUCGUUCUAGUGUUAUCUAAUGGAAAGAUUGCUGUAGAAGUGGAUACCACACAGCCAGAGUUAUUGUUGACAGAAAAAGUACUGGAUGAUGAAAAUGUUUUAAAGGUUAAUGAAGUUGACGCAGACACUGUAAUGUUUGAAGAUGAUGAUAUCACCCUAAGUGAAGUUCCUGAGGAGGAUAUUGAUGCUGCCAAUCUCCACAUACUGCAUGAAGGAGCAAGCAGGAAUUCCGUUGUUUUAACCAAAUAUGGUGAGCGUCCACUUAUCGACAUGCCGCCAUUGUCGUUAUCUAGAAGUAGUGGCAAUAACGAGGAUGUUCCGGCACACAUAUUUAAAGUUCCAGGGAAACGAGCAACUCAUGUAUACCAUCAACCACCGAGAUCUCCUCAAGUGUCGCUUACUGCGCCGCAACAUCAGCGAAAGCAAUACCAAGAACCGCUUAUGGAGUAUCCAGAUUAUUCUCAGUCACAGCAAGGUCCUAACAGGAACUAUUAUCAGCCCCGAUACCCCGUUCAGUAUCAGUCACAAGCACCGCCUCCACAAGCGCUCCCACCACCACCUCAACCACAAAUUCGCCAAUCAUAUUUUUCUAAUUUAGCCCCGGAUUCUAAUUUGAUUCCUUAUGAUUAUACACAUUAUCGGCCCCAGCCUCAAAUGCCUCAGUCUGUGCCAAAGUAUGAUACUUCACCAACAUAUGCCCCCGCUCCAGCACCCCAACAGGUUCCAAAUGGGUCCCAGUCUAACGAAGUACACGUAUAUUAUGGACCAAAUGGUGAAAGGCUUCCAGGACCCUUACCUCCUCCUAGUUAUCCCACAGAUUUUACUCUGGAAGGAACACUAGAAUUUGGAAAAUUAGUAUCAGUGAAAGUUCGUCACUCAAACAUAUCCUAUCGGGAAAUUCCGGAUUUUGUGUUCCGAGACUUGCACAAAACAUACGGAAUGAUUGAAAGAGUGGACGUGAAAAUCGUAGCUCAAGGAGGUGAAUAUAACAUUUACGCUUCCCCUAGUAUACAGAGCGACGUGAGCAAUAAUCCGGGUUAUAUCUUUGAGCAACAACAUGCGAGACAGAUCCCUAUUCCUGCCUUCAGCCAGCCGGAGAUUCACGACAACAGAAGACGGGAUUCUCACGAUCCUUACACCAGGUUAUACAGGUACGGAAAAGAAGGACAUCAUUCCAUGUCUGGGAGGGGCAGUAGUGGUUUGUAUGAUAUUGAUGAAGAUCGUGAGAGUCAACCGAUGACAAGAGACUCUCGUCGAUGA